AUGCUUUCUCAGAACACAGACCCCACAACCGUCGGCAUCCCAAGUCUGAAUCCGGGGCCCUCAAUCGCUCCGCCUCCUUCAAUACACUCGACAGGCAGAAACAUGGACAUCACCGCACAGCAGCAGCAGCAGCAGAUGGGAAUGCAGCAACAGCAGCAGGACUUCGACCCGGUGCAGAGGUACAGGAUGCUCAUCCCGCAGCUGAAGGAGAGUCUGCAGAAUCUCAUGAAAAUCGCAGCUUUGAACCUGGCCCAAAACACCAACAUUGAUAACGGGCAGAAAAUUGCGGAUGUCCCAGUUAUGAGGUUUGAUAAGAGCCUGGAGGAAUUCUAUGCCCUGUGUGACCAGCUGGAGCUCUGUUUGCGCCUUGCCUACGAAUGCCUCUCUCAGAGCUAUGACAGCGCCAAGCACUCCCCCACUCUUGUGCCUACAGCCACCAAACCAGAUGCCGUCCAGACAGAGAGCCUGCCUUAUACCCAGUAUCUGAGCAUGAUCAAGUCCCAGAUUGCCUGCGCUAAAGACAUUCACAAUGCCCUGUUGGAAUGUUCCAAAAAGAUUAUGGGUAAAACGCCCCCUACCCAGGGUGUUCUAUGAUCUGCCUGAGUUGCCCAUCAGCCCACGGGUUCUCAAAACUUUGCUGCCACAAGACGGAUGAACGAGGUGUAUAUCAGCAUUAAAUAGCAAAAGAUCUUCAGCCUGGAGGUGUAGCCGAUGACUCAAAC